AAAAACUAUUUCCACCAUUAUUAUUUCUGGAUCAAUUUUUUUGUCCUCUUCUUUUUUCAGUUCUCUCUUCACCAUUUUUCUACUAUUAACAUUUCAGUCUUCCACGUGCUCCACUUCUCUCUCCUCCAUUCCCCAUUCUCCUUUUCUCUCUCUAAGCUUCUCUCCAUUCCUUCAUCAAUGGCGGUCCAUCACGACAUUGCUUCGGAUGCUUUACAAUGUACUGAUCAUCCUUUUCGUACUUCUUCUCCUGCUGGAGGGAUCUGUGCUUUCUGCCUUCAAGAUAAGCUUGGUAAACUUGUUUCUUCUUCUUCUUCGUCUUUCUUUAUUGGUUCUUCUUCUUCGUCUUCUCCUUCUUUCAGAUCUGAUAUUCAUUCUUCAAGUACGUCUGUUAAUGGUGUUUCGAUGUCGCUCUCUUUGUCGAAUGCACCUGCUUCUAGUUCUAAUGUUGGUGUUAGUAGUGGUAGUAACAAUCGCUAUCACCAUUUUCAUAAUCAUCAAGAUUUUGGUGGUGCUGCGGGGUAUCAAUAUCAUCAUCGAAGGGCCCGCAUACCUUUUCUUCUCACUCAAAAAAAGAAGAAAAAAUCACCUGUUACUGUUUCUUCAUCUUCUAAUACAGCUGAAAAUCGGUCUACAGUUCUUAAAAGAAGUAAAUCUACAGCUACUUCUCGAUCUGGUCGCAAUUUUGAUUCUGAUUAUUCUCAGGAUUUUAGCCCUAGACGAAGAGGGUUUUGGUCUUUUCUUCAUCUUUCUAAUACUCAGAACAGGAAAACACACAAACCCGACCCAGAACCCGUUACAAACCCUCCCCCUCCCCCUCCACCUCCUCCGCCGCAAGCGGUUGUGGUGGUGGAUGAAACAGAUGAUAGUCCCAACAGUAGUGGAAGCAAUGCGACGUCGUUUGGUAGAAAAGUAUCCAGAUCUAGAUCUGUAGGAUGUGGUAGUCGAAGCUUUUCCGGUGAUUUCUUUGAGAGAAUCUCAACUGGAUUUGGAGAUUGUACUCUUCGGCGCGUGGAAUCACAGCGUGAAGGAAGUAAACAUCGUCAUUCAACUUCACGCGCUUCUGGAGACACCAUUAGAGAGAAAGUACGUUGUGGUGGACUUUUUGGUGGGUUUAUCAUCACAUCAUCUUCAUCUUCAACCUCAUCUUCUUCCUCGUAUUGGCCAGCAGAAGGAAAACCCAAUGGUCCAACCACAACACCAGGUAAUGGGCCGCUAAUCCAUGGAAGAAGUAGGAGUUGGGCUUGGGCUUUUGCUAGCCCAAUGAGAGCCAUUAAGCCCACGAUCAUCAAAGAUGGUAAAAGGGAAUUGGGCGGUGUCAGCACCACCAACAAUGGCGGAAAUCGGAAGAACCCUAAUUUAAGUGAUAUUCCUUCAUUACUAUCUGUAAGAAGUUAAUUAAAAAAUUGAGAUGCUUUAAGAGUAAAAUCUAUUAAAUGAUUAGUAUUGUAUUAUUGUUAAUGGAUGGUGAUAAUAUGUUUAUUAAUGAUUUAAGAUCUUGUUUGAAUUUUGGGUAUAAUUUGUAAGGUAAUUUUGUAUGUUAAUUUUAGUUUAUGAAUUAUGAUUAUUUAUUUGAGUUUUAUUUUAGCUAAAAUGUGGAAUAGUUUGUAAUUUUUGGAUCAUUUUUACAAUGUACAUGCUAAAUUAAUUGU